UAGAGAAAGAUCAAUGUGCCUUUUGCAAAUGAAAAGGACAUUGGAAGCGGGAAUGCCCUUAUCGAAAAGUUGGGGAAGGUGAAAAGAAGAAAGAGGAGAGCAGUGGAUUGUUCGCUUUUGGAAGGGAUUCAGAUUGAAGGGGACCAGAGGCCCGGGAGGGAAAGAUAACCCAGAUCCCAGUGUCCCCUGACGAGCCUCUGGUUAAAAUGCAACUAGGGGACAGAGAUGAAUUGGUAGAUUUUCUCGUAGAUACAGGUGCUGCCCAUUCUGUCUUAACUCAAAAACUGAAACCUUUAAGUAAAAAGACUGUGCCGGUGGUAGGGGUUACAGGGAAGGCAGUAACACGAUCCUUCCUACAGCCAAUGACCUGUAAUCUUGGGCAGGCCGAAGUUACCCAUCAAUUCUUGUACAUGCCAAACUGCCCCGUUCCCCUUUUAGGGAGAGACCUCCUCUGUAAACUGCAAGCUACGUUGUCGUUCCAGGAUGGGCAAAUGUUUUUAACAGUGCCUCCUGAAAAGGGGUGGCAUUUACAGGCUUGCCUUCUCGGCCUUCUCCAAGAGGAGAGUACACCAGAUAUUCCUCAACCCCUGCUCGAUGCUGUUGUUCCAUGGGUAUGGGCAGGUCACCGACCCGGGAAGGCUAAAAAUGCUGACCCUAUGAAGAUUCAACUUUUGCCAGGGGCCCAGCCUCCAUGUGUGAAACAAUAUCCAAUGCGGAUGGAGGCCAGGAAAGGACUGAAGCCGUUAGUUGAACGGUUCCUGGAGUAUGGCCUUCUCCGUGAAUGUACAUCAGCUUUUAACACACCCAUCUUGCCUGUGAAGAAGCCUAAGAGUAAUGAAUAUCGUUUCGUCCAAGACUUGAGAGCUGUAAAUAAAGUGGUUGUGAGUAUAUACCCGGCCGUGCCUAAUCCGUACACCUUGCUAUCUGCUUUGAACCCAGAUCAUAACUGGUUUACGGUUAUUGAUUUAAAAGAUGCUUUCUUCUGUAUACCGGUAGAGAGGGGAUCUCAGGAAAUAUUUGCAUUUGAAUGGGAAGACCCAGAUACUAGCAUUAAGACUCAGUUGUGCUGGACUGUUUUACCCCAAGGAUUUAAAAACAGCCCAACCCUAUUCGGCAAUGCAUUAAGCAAGGAUUUACGCAGGCUAGAAUUGCCACUGUCCUGUGCUCUUUUGCAAUAUGUAGAUGACUUGCUUUUAACAGCCACCACUGAAGCAAGCUGCCUGGAAGGAACAAUUUGCCUCCUUAAUUUUCUGGGUCAACAAGGGUAUCGCGUUUCCAGAAAAAAAAUGCAGCCCAUAUCCCAGAAAGUCACAUAUUUGGGAUUUGAAUUACAGCCUGGUCAGAGAGCCCUGUUGCCUGAAAGAAGAAGCUAUAUGCCGCUGGCACCCCCAAUAACAAAGAAACAACUACGAGGAUUUUUAGGUACAGUAGGUUUUUGCAGGAUUUGGAUUCCAAAUUUUGGGGUUAUUGCAAAACCUCUAUAUGAGGCAACACACGGAGAUGAAAAGGUACUCGAAUGGACUGAAGAGUGUGAGCAAGCAUUCUGCCAGUUAAAGCAGGCUCUCAUUGAAGCACCCGCCUUAGGACUACCGGACAUGAGUAAGCCUUUUUCCCUUUUUGUGCAUGACCGAGGUGGGGUAGCCGUGGGAGUCUUAACACAGAAAUUGGGUAGCUGGCAACGACCAGUAGCAUAUUUUUCAAAAAAAUUAGACUUUGUGUCAUGUGGAUGGCCUGCUUGUCUCCGGGCUGUUGCUGCUACCUGUCUGCUAAUACAAGAAGCUGAAAAAUUAACCCUAGGCCAUGAAAUGAUUGUAUAUAUUCCUCAUGCAGUACUUACAGUCUUGGAACAGAAAGGAGGGAACUGGUUAACUCCGGGACGAAUGGCUCGAUAUCAGGCCAUCCUCCUAGAUAAGCCUGAAAUAAAAUAAGCCAUUUCUCGCAAUGUAAAUCCAGCAACACUGUUGCCAUCUAUGGGUGACACACCAGAUCUUGUGCAUGACUGUUUGCAAACAUUGGAAACUGUUUAUUCUUCAAGACCAAAUUUGAGAGACAGACCUCUUGAAAAAGCUGACCUGGAGUUCUACACUGAUGGCAGCUCGAGUAUAGAGAAUGGAAUUCGAAAAUCCGGAUACGCUAUCGUGACUACACAGAAUGUGAUAGAAGCAGGACCUUUAAACCCAUCUGUUUCAGCUCAAAAGGCUGAACUCAUUGCUAUGACUCGGGCUUUGCAAUUGGCGGCCAACAAAACUGUCAAUAUUUAUACUGACUCUAAAUAUGUUUUCCUUGUUUUACAUGCUCACGGAGCGCUAUGGAGAGAGCGAGGUCUACUUGAUUCAAAAGGAACAGGCAUUAAGCAUAGCAAACAGAUAAAAGCCCUCCUUAAGGCAGUCUGGGAACCAAAAGAGGUAGCGAUAAUGCAUUGCAAAGCUCAUCAAAAGAAAAAUGAUGAUUCAUCCACAAAAGGUAAUCGAUUUGCUGACGCUACAGCAAAGAAAGCAGCUAAAAAACCUCAGACAGACUUGCUGCCCGAAGUAAGUAAUCUGUUACCUCUCCUCCCAGACUUAUACCAGCCUGUGACACCACAGUACGGGGAAAGAGACAAACAAUUGAUAAGAGAGUUUCAAGCACAGAAGGGGGAGCACGGGUGGCUAGUAGCAAAGGAUGGCCGCAUUAUCAUCCCAGCUGCCUGGGUUCAUGUGGUAGUGAAGAGAGCUCAUCAUGGCACCCACUAUGGACCCAGGGCCCUGAUAAGGUGGAUCAGUCACUAUGUAACUGGAGUGGGAUUAAGAGAGGCUGCAAAGAAGGUAUCAGAGACAUGUGAGGUCUGCCAGAGAAAUAACCCAAAAGGAGGGAGAAAAGAAACUUCAGGACAUCAGAGAAUAGGCAAUGGGCCGGGAGAAGAAUGGCAGGUGGAUUUUACUGAGUUACCCCGGCAACAGGGGAUGAGAUAUCUCCUUGUCUUUGUGGACACUUUCUCUAAUUGGGUUGAGUGCUUCCCAUGUCGGACUGCCCAAGCCCGAGAGGUGGUCAAGGCACUCCUACGAGAAAUCAUACCUCGCUUCGGACUUCCAAAAGGAAUAGGGUCAGACAAUGGACCACAUUUCAUUGCACAAAUUACUCAAAAGGUUUCUGAGUUCCUGGGAAUCAGCUGGCAUUUACACACCCCUUGGAGACCCCAGUCCAGUGGAAAAGUGGAACGUAUGAAUCAGACCUUAAAAAGACACCUUGCAAAGAUUUGCCAAGAAGCUCGACUCAAAUGGCCAGAGGCCCUACCCUUGGCCCUGUUGCGAGUAAGGGUCGCACCACAUUCUAAAUUGGGAUUAAGCCCAUUUGAGAUAAUGUAUGCAGGUACGGGACGUGCUGCAGACACAGAACCAGUCUCCUACCCCGGAAAAUCGAUUAUUACCUGGAAGUUACUCUCUUGUGAAAGAUUGGAACGAGGAACCACUUCGAGCCAGAUGGAAGGGCCCGUAUAGAGUACUUUUAACGACCCCGACGGCAGCAAAGCUCGAAGGAAUCAAGACUUGGAUACAUUCCAGUCGCCUAAAGCCGGUGGCUGAACCAGAACAAGAAGAAACUCCUGCAAACUCCGGGACCGGAGGCAGAGAACAGUGGAAGGUGGAGCCAAUAAGGGACUUAAAAUUCCUAUUCAAAAGAAAGGAACUUUGAAUAAUUUGUCAAUCUUUGAUCAAGUUUUACAAGCCUUAUUAUGAAAUUGUUCAAGGUUUUAGUGUGGGGCACCCUGAUUUGUCCACUCCUACUUAUAGGAGGGGAAAAUCUUUUACCACAAGAAUUUGACCCUCAGGAAAAUGUCUGGAUUUAUCUGGCCCGGGAAAUAUUUAAUAGAACAGACUUCUGCUUGGCAGGAGGGAUCAAUGCUCAUCUGGUUUUUACCUCAUGCUUAAUUGCAGUACCUACCCCUUUGAAAAUUUUACAGAAUUAUACUAUGCUGAAAGAUGUA